UUGCUUAUAUUAACAAAAAGUAUUUUGACUUUUUAGUCCCAGCUUAAACAAAUGAAUGAACGAGGAAGAAUCUCCUCUCUGAUGCAUAGGGAUGUUGUUUUUCACCCUGAGAAUAUGCUGGAACCAAGUCUGUACCAGAAGCAGCUUUUGAAGGACGCGCAUAUACUGAAAAAUUGGCUGAAUGGAAGGUUAAGGUACUGAUGUUGUACUAGUGUUGCUCCUCUACUUCGAGCCAGCAUGUCGAAGAAAUCGGAGACUCCGCUUUCCUUGUCUGACUGCCUCUGCCAAAUUUGCAUGGAGAUCUUUGUGGAGCCCGUCACGCUGCCAUGCAACCAUACCCUCUGUAAUUCUUGUUUCCAGCUGACCGUUGAAAAGGCCAGUCUUUGUUGCCCUUUUUGUCGGCGUCGAGUCUCUUCUUGGGCACGCUAUAAUGCCCGCAGAAAUACUCUUAUCAACUGGGAACUCUGGGAGAAGAUUCAGAAGAAUUACCCGAAGGAGUGUGAGCAUAGGAUUAAUGGACAGGAUUUGGAAGAGGAAAUAUGUGUCCCCCAUCCGCAACACCAGCUGAGCAAGCCUGGGGAACUGAGGCAGGAAUAUGAAGCAGAGAUUAGCAAGGUGGAGGCAGAAAGGCGAGCACAUGAACAAGAGGAGAACAAGGCAAGUGAGGAAUACAUUCAACGGCUUCUAGCAGAAGAGGAGGAGGAACACAGAUUGGCAGAAGAGAGACGGAGGGAGAUGGAGAAACAGCUGAAGCAAGAUGAAGAGUUGGCAUGGCAGCUGAGUAACAGUCUGAAUGACGAUUCCAAAGGACAUGUGCUCAGCAGUCCUUCACCAGCACACAGUCUCUCAUCUGAAACAUCCCCAGCUAAUUUGUGUAAGAUGAAGAACAAACCAAGCAACUCUGGAGACAUUCAGAAGUAUCUGUCUACAAAGCUGCUUCAUACAUUGGGAUCAGCAUCAUUCUCUAGAACAACAGAAAGAGGCAGGAGUGACUCUGGCUCUGUGGAGACCAAUAGCAAUGAAGGCAGCAGUUCUGCGUGGCAAGAUGAGCAAGAGGAAAUGCCAACACUGUCUCCACAGCUGACCGGUGUGAUUAAAGAUUCCAGUGCUAAGGAUUCGUUUUUGGAAUCAUGCAUGAACUAUUUCAGUGCCUCAGCUUCAGGGGAGACCGCCACUGUCAAGCAGGAAAAAACACCAGAACCAAAUGGUCUAGGAGAUGUUCCAGAUGCGCUUCAUGGAAUUGCAAAAGGGGAAGGGUCUAGAACACCUCUUCGUAGAUCCAAAGGAGAAGAUGAUGGAAUUGAGUCGUCAGACAGUGGCAGUUUAACACAUGUAGAAAGCAUAAACCUUGAAAACUCUGCUGAAACUUGUACCUGUAUUCAGUCAGCAACAAAUUCUGUGGUGUCUGACAGCAAAAGUGUAACAUGUGAUCUCAUAAAGGUGGCUAGACACUCAGAUGAAGAGAAACCAGAGAGACUGCAGAACACUAAGGAGAUUCCAAAAAGAAAGUCGCUGGAGUCACCAGCUGAAGCAGUGGUUGACUUGUGCGUGCUUGGUAAAAGGAGAAGAACUUCUCCUGAAAGUUUAGAGGACCAAGGGGAGCAGAUAAAUGAUUUUAACUUGCAAAUGCAGAAAGCCUUUGAGCAGGAGUUCUAUGAAAGGCGUAUGCAAGAGGAGCAGGACAGGCUUCUGGCUCUGCAGCUACAAAAACAGAUCAACAAGGAGGAAAGGACACUUAAUCGACAAAAGGGCUCUCCAGAUGAGUACCUACUUCGCACCAAACCACCUCAGUCUGUGAAAGACUCUCCUGCUAGAAAGGGAAGUUCUAAGAUGGCAAAAGACUCAAAGGUACCAAAAAACCAGGCUGAAACAAAUCACCGCAAGACUCGGAAAGGUUCUUGCAAUGAAAACUGGCAGUCCCCUACCAGAGUCCGAAUGAAAUCGCCCAGCACCAAGGGAGGAAAAGUUUUGAAUUGUGUGGUUAAUACCAGUGACGCAAGUGAUAUUUGUUCACUACCUAAGAAUAAGCAAAAGACGAUCCUUCAGAUGUUUAAAAGCUCUGUUGCAGAGUAGAUCACAUGGUGCAAAGAGAAUUAAAACCGUGGUAAUGUUUUCUCCUGUGUUAGGCAAAGCUUCCUGUAAACAGUUUUGAAGUUGUUGGUUUUGAGGGGGAUUGCUUUGAGUCACAAAGUUGUGUAUUCUGAGAAGUUUUAAUAACGUACACCCCCAGACUUUAAAAAAUUUUAAUUGGUCUUUUCUUGACUACAGGUUAUUUUCUAGCACUUCCAUUUACAUAAUUUUGAAUGUGAAUACUGUUAGUGUUUAAAACCAAAAAUAACUGAUGGUCUUAUCUUAGAAUGAGAAUUCAGAGCCUUUUAUGGAAAGGAUGCACAUUCCACGGAGGAAACAAGCAAAAAAAUGAGUCUGUAUUUCCAGUUGUCUGCCAACUGCAAGAUUGAAGCUUUACAUGGCACAACCACUGUUCCGUUAGCCUAAAUCCCAGUAACAUGUUUCAGUUUACUUGUUGAAUUGCAUUGUUCGCGUGACAGUUAACAAGAGUAUAACUGGACAGCCAGUCUUGCAGACACACUUUUUCCCUCUCCCUCUCAUAUACUAACUCCUUUCUUAGACAAAGAGGGAAAAACCAGGUCAUUCUCCCACUGCCAAAGCCAAGGAUCUUUCAUAGGUGCCAAUAGUGUAAGUGGUUGUGGGCUUGUAUUUACCUCUGUCAUAGAGGUCACUUCUGCAGAUCUGACUUUCACUGUCGUUAGGAAAAAUAUACUUUUGGUUUUUUAUUGCUAGUGUUCUGCAACUUUAUUCUUGUAUGAGAAUAUUACUUAUCUUUAGUACUAUUUAAUUUUCAUACUCAAACUGGUUUGAGCCUGAUUAAAACCACAUAAUAUUAAAAAAAUAGUUAGUCCAGAAGACAGUUACGAUGGAGAAAGUUAAACCAAAAGGGGGAAAAGGACCUGAAAACUGGAGUUGUUAGUCAUGAUGCAACUAUAAUUAAAGAUUCACAUAACUACCAUGCCGGGCUGUAACUGC